AUGGAAAAUGAUAAAUAUUUUAUUCAACCUGAAGAUUUACCAUUUCGUUUAAUUGAAGUUUCAACUGGUUCAGCUCCUUACGAAUCAUCUCAACCUCCUCAUAGAUACAAUAAACAUUCUUCGAUAUAUAAUGAUAAACCGAUUGAAAUUUCACUUAUCCAAGGAUAUGAUGCUCCUCCCUCGAUUUUACCUCCACCAACAAUACCAAACCGAUACGAUAAACCAAUAUUAAUUCUACCUGAAAGAUCUGAUCUUUAUAAAUUUAAUUCAAAUAAAAUUCUUUCGAAAUCUUCUUCAAUUAAAAUCCAUGAUCAUGAUCAUCAUCAUCAUCGAAGAAAAAUUCGAAAAAUAAAAUUAAAAUGUUGUGUUAUAUCUUAA